ACUUUUCGCGGAACCAGUUCGUUCAGCCGGAGCUCUGCGGAAUUACAUUUUGUGAUUUUAUAAAGAAAGAAAGUGUGUUAGUUGAGUGUUUUUUUUUGCCAAUUAAAUCAACUAAAGCAUAAUUUUAUAUAUAAUUAAGCUAUAAAGUUUCAUCACAAAUACUUAACCAUGGCAGACUCCAAAGGCGAUGAUCUGGCAACUGCGAUUCUGAAGCGUAAGGAUCGUCCAAAUCGUUUGAUUGUCGAAGAGGCUCAAAAUGAUGAUAAUUCCGUUGUGUCGCUAUCGCAGGCGAAAAUGGAUGAGCUGCAGCUUUUCCGUGGCGACACUGUCAUUUUGAAGGGUAAACGCCGUAAGGAAACCGUUUGCAUUGUAUUGUCGGAUGACACGUGUCCUGAUGAGAAAAUCCGUAUGAAUCGUGUGGUUAGAAAUAAUCUGUGCGUCCAUUUGUCGGAUGUGGUUUCGGUGCAAUCCUGUCCAGAUGUUAAGUACGGCAAGCGUGUACGUAUUUUGCCCAUCGAUGACACUACUGAAGGUGUUACAGGCAAUCUCUUUGAGAUCUAUCUGAAGCCCUAUUUCCUGGAGGCUUACCGACCCAUUCAUAUGGGUGAUAAUUUCAUUGUGCGUGCCGCUAUGAGGCCAAUUGAAUUCAAGGUGGUGCUAACUGAUCCAGAACCCUAUUGCAUUGUGGCACCAGAGACGGUUAUCUUCUGUGACGGGGAUCCCAUCAAGCGUGAGGAGGAGGAAGAAUCGUUGAAUGCUGUGGGCUAUGAUGACAUCGGUGGCUGCCGCAAACAAUUGGCCCAGAUCAAAGAAAUGGUUGAACUGCCACUGCGUCAUCCAUCGCUGUUUAAAGCAAUUGGUGUGAAGCCACCGCGUGGUAUUCUUAUGUACGGUCCACCUGGUACGGGUAAGACACUGAUUGCUCGUGCUGUGGCCAAUGAAACGGGUGCCUUCUUCUUUUUGAUCAAUGGCCCCGAAAUUAUGUCCAAAUUGGCUGGCGAAUCUGAGUCGAAUCUGCGCAAAGCAUUCGAAGAGGCCGAAAAGAAUUCACCGGCUAUUAUCUUCAUCGAUGAGAUCGAUGCCAUUGCUCCCAAGCGUGACAAGACUCACGGUGAGGUGGAACGUCGUAUUGUGUCGCAAUUGCUGACCCUGAUGGAUGGCAUGAAGAAGAGUUCGCAUCUGAUUGUGAUGGCAGCCACAAAUAGGCCCAAUUCCAUUGAUCCUGCUCUGCGUCGCUUUGGUCGUUUCGAUCGUGAGAUUGAUAUUGGCAUUCCAGAUGCCACUGGACGUCUAGAAGUCUUGCGCAUUCACACCAAGAACAUGAAAUUGCAUGAGGAUGUCGAUCUGGAGCAGAUUGCUGCCGAGACCCAUGGUCAUGUGGGUGCCGAUUUGGCUUCACUUUGCUCGGAGGCUGCCUUGCAGCAAAUUCGUGAGAAAAUGGAUCUCAUCGAUUUGGAAGACGAUAAGAUCGAUGCCGAAGUUUUGGCCUCGCUGGCUGUGACAAUGGAGAACUUCCGUUAUGCCAUGACCAAGUCCAGUCCCUCGGCAUUGCGUGAGACGGUUGUGGAAGUGCCCAACACUACUUGGACCGAUAUUGGUGGUCUUGAGAAUGUCAAGAAGGAAUUGCAAGAGCUGGUCCAAUAUCCAGUUGAACAUCCCGAUAAGUUCCUUAAAUUUGGCAUGCAGCCAAGUCGUGGUGUCCUGUUCUAUGGCCCACCCGGUUGUGGUAAGACGCUCCUGGCCAAGGCCAUUGCUAACGAGUGUCAGGCGAAUUUCAUUUCUGUCAAGGGACCCGAACUAUUGACCAUGUGGUUCGGUGAAUCUGAGGCCAAUGUGCGCGAUAUCUUCGAUAAGGCCCGCUCGGCUGCUCCGUGUGUGCUCUUCUUCGACGAGCUGGACUCAAUUGCCAAGGCUCGUGGUGGCAAUGUGGGCGACGCCGGCGGCGCUGCCGAUCGUGUGAUCAAUCAGAUUCUAACCGAAAUGGAUGGCAUGGGUGCCAAGAAGAAUGUGUUCAUUAUUGGUGCCACCAAUCGACCUGAUAUCAUUGAUCCGGCUAUUUUGCGUCCUGGACGUCUCGAUCAGUUGAUCUACAUUCCCUUGCCCGAUGACAAGUCGCGCGAGGCCAUUCUGAAGGCCAAUUUACGCAAAUCACCACUGGCCAAGGAAGUAGAUCUCACUUAUAUAGCCAAGGUGACACAAGGCUUCUCGGGUGCUGAUCUUACCGAGAUCUGUCAGCGUGCCUGCAAGCUAGCCAUUCGACAGGCCAUCGAGGCUGAGAUUCGCCGCGAAAAGGAGCGCACUGAGAACCAAAAUUCGGCCAUGGAUAUGGAUGAAGAUGAUCCCGUGCCGGAGAUUACACGUGCCCACUUCGAGGAGGCCAUGAAGUUUGCUCGCCGAUCCGUAUCGGAUAAUGACAUCAGGAAAUACGAGAUGUUUGCUCAAACUUUGCAACAGUCUCGUGGCUUUGGACAGAACUUCAGAUUCCCCGGUCAAACCGGCAACACCUCAGGGUCCGGCACUAAUAUGCCAGUCAAUUCGCCAGGUGACAACGGUGAUGACGAUCUUUACAGUUAGAUUUCUAGUUUUACAAAGCAAAAACAACAUAACCCACGAAAACAAAAACAAAACGAACAUCAAUUUUUUAAAUGAAUUUUUUCCUCCCCUCUCCUUGGUUUAUUUAUGUAAACAACAAAUUACAUUCGAUCUGACGGCCAGAAAAACAACAACAACAGUAACAAGAACAAUAAUCAACAAGAACAAUAACAGCAACCAGAUCAGCUGUCGUCAGAUGAUAAAAAAAAAAAUAUAGUAUAUACAGAGAGAGAAAACCAAUCCAAAUAAAAAUCAUUUUUUAAGAAUUUGUAAUUUGGGUUAACCAAAUCAACCAAUAUAUGUAAUUGGCGUUCUUCACGACAACAACAACAACAGCAGCAGUAAAAAAUAAAAACAAAACAGAAAUAUAACGCCUUCACUUAUCAUUCGUGCGCAUUAUCGGUCAAUUGGAAUCGAGAAAUGAGUUUCUAUAUACAUAAUUAUAUAAAUGAGAAAAUACACAUACACACAUACAUUUAAAUAUAAAUAUAAUACAUCUUAAACACCAUAAAAUUUUAAGUGUAUUUGGAGCUACGUUUUUAAGUGAAUAAAAAAGAUUAGAAAUUCCAAA